AACAGCUCUUCCCACCCGCGAAAGGCAACACCGAGAUCUCUAGCGCCCUGCCCACUUCAAAGCCAAACUACUGGCCCGUCUCCGCUCACACGGCGCCAUCAACAGCGAGCCGAGUUGGUGUAGUUGUGCGUAGUGUGGAGGGAAGCGAGAAGCCGGGCAAGGGAGGGGAGGAGGCGGCAGAUGGCACAGCAGCAGGUAGUGAUAGUGGGGGAGGAGCACUGCGACGGCGAGGACAGGGAGCUGACGGUGCGGAAGACGACGCUCUUCACCCCCGGCGACGGGCUGGAGGCGUACGACCACCGGACCGGCGCGCUCGCCUUCCGCGUCGAGACCUACGGCCGCGGCGGGGUGUGCGGGGGCGGGGCCGCGGCGGGGGAUCUCGCGCUGCUGGGGGCCGAGGGGGCUCCCGUCCUCACGGUCCGCCGCCGCCGCCCCAGCCUGCACCACCGCUGGGACGGGUUCCUCGGGGACGGCGCGGCGCAGGGCCAGAAGCCGAUCUUCUCCGUGCGCCGCUCCUCCAUCCUCGGCAGCGGGACAGGCGCCGGAGCCGUGCUCGUCGACCUCCUCGCACCCGCCACCGCCCACGGCGAGUUUCGCGUCGACGGAUCAUUCCCGCGGCGCUGCUGCCGCGUGGCGGCAGGCAAGGCCGGCGUGGGCGACGGCGGCGAGGAGGAGGACGUGAUGGUGGCGGAGGUGAGGAGGAAGGUGGACGAGGGCGCGCACGUGGUGAUGGGGCGGGACGUGUUCGUGCUGUGGGUGCGGGCCGGGUUCGACGCCGCGUUCGCCAUGGGGAUCGUGCUCGUGCUCGACCGGAUCACCGUCGACGAGGUUCACGGCGACCUCGGCGAGGACUCCCUCGAGGCCACCUCGCCGGUGUAAGCUCGCCGGAGCUUUUCGCUGCCGCGUUCUCGGUUUCUUGCUUCGGGUGAUGCCGUGAUGUAUUGCAGAUACUUUUGCCAUGUUUCCUCGUCAAAGUUUGGAUCUUCGCCUUGUGAAUUGAGCUUGCAACUUUAGGCACAAUGCGAAGUAUAUUAUCCUGUCAA